AUACCUAACCGCUUCAUUAGAAUUUAAAAUUUUCGUAAAAUAUGGCAGGCCACGGUGUUGACGACGAUCCAAACUUGAAGGGUAUAACUCGUUACUUUAACAGCACUACAACGAGAGGAAGAGCAAAUGUGACGAAAGUGACUUAUACGUUUCUUGCUUUAUAUUACUUGUACAGUAAAAUAAGGCCUAAGCCCAGCAAACCAAAAUCUAAGUAAAUGCAAUGAUUCAUUUACAAUUUUCAAUAUG